AUGGCCACGCUGCCCCCAGGUCAGCAGCAGAGACCAGCGAGGGGCCCGGCGGCCUCCUGGGUAAGGCUGACAGAGCCCAGACCGGCUCCAGGUUUGGCUGUGGGGCUGCAGAAGCGCAGCCUCAACCCAACGAGCGGCACGACAGACCUGCUGCAUGAAAGCGGGGUGCUGGCUGGAAAGGGGGACCCUGGGGAGGGGACCAAGCCCUUGCCUGAGAGUCGCCUCUGCUCCCCGUCUGAAGAGGCCAGGCUGCUCUUCUUGAAGCCCCUGGAAUGA